ACACGUGUGGACUUAAUUAGAGAUUCAGUCCUAACGAGCUCAAUGAAGGUAAUGCAUCCACUGUGUUUUGCGGUUUUGUGGAUUUUUCUGGUCAAGGCACAAACCAGACUGGUGUCAGACGGUCCUCAGAGUGAAGCUGAAGAAGAGCCUCAGUGUUCAGAGGGGAUGUAUGUCUCACACCGGCUGUGUCUGCAGUGCCCCUCUGGUCAUUAUUGUCCUGGAAAUGUGUCAGCACCACACAGAUGUCCAACAGGAACAUUCAACCUCUACACUGGGAAAAGCAGAAUCAGUGACUGCAAGCCGUGUUUUCCAGGUCUGAUCAGUUCAGAGGACAGAGUGGACUGUCGGUUGUGUCCUGCAGGUUUCUCUUGUGAUCCAGCCAAUGGGAGCCUCUAUCUUUGUCCUCCUGGACAACAUUCUCCUGAAGGGGUCCUUCACUGUCUGACGUGUCCGGCGGACUCUGUCUGCAUUGCCGGGUUCCCUCAAAAGUGUGGGCCAGGCAAAGAGCCAAGUUUAGAGCACACCGAGUGUAUCGACUGUCCACAAGGGUUCUAUUCCACUGUGUGUACGAUCAAGUGUCUUCAGUGUCCAGCAGGAAGCUACUGUCCAGACAGGGGAAUGUCACAGCCGCUGGCCUGCGCUCCUGGAUGGUCAUCAUCACCUGGUCAGACCUCUUGCCGCAGCUGUAAUGACACCUUCACACCAUGUGGGGGAGAUAUUGCUCCCCACUGGAGUCAGCCUGUCCAGAGGUCAAGCCAACUGGUGACCUGUCGGCCAGGGACGUAUAAAGACACCACUGAAGAGUUACGUUGCCUGAUUUGUCCCACAGGUCAUUACUGUGCGGGAGGUGUGGCUGUACCCUGUCCGGCAGGAACAUACGGCUCUAUGGAGGGUCUGCAGAGGCUGAGAGACUGCACAAUCUGUCCUGCAGGGUUUUACUGUCUAGAAGGAAGCUCACAGAGGCCGACCUCCCAGUUUAUGUGUCCACAAGGCUAUUACUGUGAAGACGGCACUGCCACCCCUCACGGGUCACCUUGUCCUGCUGGAACAGCUGGGGAACAACUGGGACAGACAAGUAGGGCGGCUUGUAAGAGAUGUAGCGAAGGACGCUUUUGUCCUGAAGGUUCUUCUGGUCCUGGUUUGCCUUGUGCCCGUGGGAGAUACUGCCCGGCUGGCACCUUGGAAGAAGUAAUCUGUCCUCGAGGCACCUUCACCCCUCAUCAAGGAGCAAUAAGUGUUAAAGAUUGUCUCAAAUGCCCGACUGGGUUUUACUGUCCUGAGGGGACCAGUGACCCAGUGCCCUGCCCACAAGGAACCUUUAACCCCUUAGAGGGUCAGGACGAACUGUCUGAUUGCAGGGACUGCUCAGCUGGGAAGGCCUGCACACAGGUUGCUCUGAAAGCCCCUGAUGUGGAAUGCAUGCAAGGGUUUGUCUGUCCCCCCGGUUCCUCUCAACCCAACACCCUGACAAAUGCUUGUCCACCGGGUACACUGAGUAAUCGAACAGACCUCACUGAUCGCUCACAGUGUCAACAGUGUCCAGCACGAUAUGCCUGCCUACGAGGAACUGGUGGUGUCCAGAGGCCACCACUCACAUGUUUUGCAGGACAUUAUUGUCCUCCUGGAACAAUGUUCCCCACCCAAUACAAGUGUCCAGUGGGCACAUGGAGCAGUCAGAGUGGCUUGCAAGCUGAAAAUGAGUGUCAGCCAUGCCCACAGGGCUGGUACUGUCUUGCUGGGUCUGGAUCUCCAACAGGCCGAUGUAGCUCUGGACACUACUGUCCUGAAGGGACUGCAUAUGGCUCCCAGUUCCCUUGUCCUUCAGGCACCUACAGCACCCGGAUGGGGAACAGGCAUCGAGAAGACUGUAUAGUUUGCCCUGAAGGAUCGUUCUGUCAAGAUGGCACUUCCAAACCUUCACCUUGUCCUCCCUCCACAUUUCGUCCUCUGAAAGGAGGUCAGAGGCUGGAGGACUGCUCUGCGUGCCCUGCUGGCUAUUUCUGUCCCCGCUCAGCCACCGUCAACCCCCAAGUGUGCGGAGCUGGAAGCUACUCAGAUGAAGGUUCUGCCGAGUGUUCUCCGUGCCUGCAGGGCCACUACUGCAGCAACGAAACCACCAGUGAGGAGGCCAUGCUGAGCAUCAUGGUGUGCCCACCAGGCUUUCUGUGCUCUCAGGGCUUAGCCAGAGACCCUCAGCGCUCAGCCACCCUCUGCCCUCAAGGCUUCUACUGCCCCGGAGGAGGCAUAGAUCCCAAUCCUGUGCCAUGCCCCAAUGGUACCUACGGUGAAUUUCCUGGUCUGCGUGAUGUCAGUGAGUGUGUCCAGUGUCCCAGUGGGAAAUACUGUUACUCUGAGAAGCCUCGGGAGCAGCCUCUUACGAGACCGACUGGGUCAUGUCCAGAUGGGCACUACUGCCCCCGUGGGACUGGAUACCCGUACACCUACCCUUGCCAGGCGGGCCAAUUCAAGAACCACACACUCGGUCACAGUGGCGAGACAUGUAUUUUAUGUCCAUCCAGGCAUUAUUGUCACACUCCAGGAUCUCACACACCGAUAGUCUGUCCUCAGGGCUUCUACUGCGCAGAGGGCAGCUCCUCCCCUGAACCGUGUCCCGAGGGCACCUACGGUUCUCGCCCAGCUCUUGGUGAUGCGUCUGAAUGCUCCCCUUGUGGUGGAGGCCAGUAUUGCGCUGGUGUGGGUCUGACAGCAGCCUCCGGAACCUGCAAAGAACGCUUUUACUGUCGAGAGGGGGCCAAGUCUGCAACUCCAUCUGAUGGGCUUACAGGAGGAUUAUGUCCACCUGGAAGUUACUGCCCACACGCAUCAUCUUCCCCCCUCCCCUGUCCCGCCGGAACCUUCAGCAGCAGUACUGGCCUCCGCAGCCUUCAGGAGUGCAUCACCUGUCCACCAGGUUUCUAUUGCUUAGGUUCCAACAACACAUCACCCUCUGGGCCCUGUUUCCCUGGUUACUAUUGUACUGGAGGCUCACCUUCACCUGUUCAGAAUGAGGCAGAGGAGGGUUAUAUACCUUGA